AUGAUGGUGCUUUGGCUUACCAGGGGGAUGCCUCACCAGGGGGAUGCCUCACCAGGGGGAUGCCUCACCAGGGGGAUGCCUCACCGGGGGGAUCCCUCACCAGGGGGAUGCCUCACCGGGGGGAUGCCUCACCGGGGGGAUGCCUCACCAGGGGGAUGCCUCACCGGGGGGAUGCCUCACCGGGGGGAUGCCUCACCAGGGGGGGAUGCCUCACCGGGGGGAUGCCUCACCGGGGGGAUGCCUCACCGGGGGGAUGCCUCACCGGGGGGAUGCCUCACCGGGGGGAUGCCUCACCAGGGGGAUGCCUCACCGGGGGGAUGCCUCACCGGGGGGAUGCCUCACCAGGGGGAUGACUCACCAGGGGGAUGCCUCACCGGGGGGAUGCCUCACCGGGGGGAUGCCUCACCGGGGGGAUGCCUCACCGGGGGGAUGCCUCACCAGGGGGAUGCCUCACCGGGGGGAUGCCUCACCGGGGGGAUGCCUCACCGGGGGGAUGCCUCACCGGGGGGAUGCCUCACCGGGGGGAUGCCUCACCGGGGGGAUGCCUCACCGGGGGGAUGCCUCACCGGGGGGAUGCCUCACCGGGGGGAUGCCUCACCCGCCGCCGCACCGCCGCCAGCAGCGCCGCUGCCGAAACGUAAUGAUUGCCCCUCCAGCUGCUUCGUGCUUUCCUUCCAUCGCAUGGCUCCAUGUCGUUUCUCACUUCCCUCCAUCAUUCGGAACUCCCUCAUACCCCACUUUUCCCCAUCUCCGCACCUGCUACUCUCUACUGACUUCUGCCUGCCCCACUGCAUUCACCGCACUGGAUUCCGCCACUUCUCUUACGGCCGGCAGCAACCUGCGCCCUCAGGGCAACCUGCUGGUCACAAGCAGGUCAGUGACAGGUCAGUGACAGGUCAGUGA